CCCGACUCCGCCGCCGCCACCGCCUCUCCCGCGGCUCCCGCGGCCCCGGCUCCUUUCACUUCGGGCGAGGGGAGGGAGGAGGGGGACGAGGGACCCACGGGCUCCUCGGGACCAGUGGAACAUCUCGGGGUGACUGGGCUUAACCAACCCCCCUCCCCUUCUUUGCAAAACGCCAAAACAAAACCGCGAUCGGCGGGCGGCGGAGCCGGCCCCCGGCGCCCUCGCUUCACCUCGCGGGCCGCCACCGAGGGCAGCUCGGAUGUCCGGUUUCCUGUGAGCCUCGUACCUGACACCCGGCGCCUCUCCCAGGCGCGGGCUGCCAUAUCGGAGGGCAAAAGUUGGGAGCUGCGGAGUCCCCGGGAUCCGCUCACCCAGGGGGGUCCCCCGAAGGAAACCGCGGGACUGGGACGAGGACAGGACCUCAGCCUCGCGCCCCAGCCUGCGUCUGCCAGCGGACCGGCCUCCCCGCUCCCGGUCCUUCCACCAUGCACUUGCUGGGCUUCUUGGCUCUGGCGUGUUCCUUGCUCGCCGCUGCGCUGAUCCCGGGUCCCCGCGAGGCGCCCGCCACCGCCGCCGCCUUCGAGUCGGGACUGGGCUUCUCGGAAGCGGAGCCCGACGGGGGCGAGGUCAAGGCUUUCGCAGGCAAAGACCUGGAGGAGCAGCUUCGGGCAGUAUCCAGUGUAGAUGAGCUCAUGUCGGUCCUGUACCCAGACUACUGGAAAAUGUACAAGUGCCAGCUGAGGAAAGGUGGCUGGCAGCAGCCUGCCCUCAACACAAGGACAGGGGACACUGUCAAAUUUGCUGCUGCACACUAUAACACAGAGAUCCUGAAAAGUAUUGAUAAUGAGUGGAGAAAGACUCAAUGCAUGCCACGUGAGGUGUGUAUAGAUGUGGGGAAGGAGUUUGGAGCAGCCACAAACACCUUCUUUAAACCUCCAUGUGUGUCCGUCUACAGAUGUGGGGGCUGCUGCAACAGCGAGGGGCUGCAAUGCAUGAACACCAGCACAGGUUACCUCAGCAAGACGUUGUUUGAAAUUACAGUGCCUCUCUCUCAAGGCCCCAAACCAGUCACAAUCAGUUUUGCCAAUCAUACUUCCUGCCGAUGCAUGUCUAAACUGGACGUUUACAGACAAGUUCAUUCCAUUAUUAGACGUUCUCUGCCAGCAACACUAUCACAGUGUCAAGCAGUCAACAAAACUUGUCCUGCAAACUAUGUGUGGAAUAACUACAUGUGCCGAUGCCUGGCCCAGCAGGAUUUUAUCUUUUAUUCAAAUGCUGAGGGUGACUCCACCCAUGGAUUCCAUGAUGUCUGUGGACCCAACAAGGAGCUGGAUGAAGAUACCUGCCAGUGUAUCUGCAAAGGUGGCCUUCGGCCAUCCAGCUGUGGACCCCACAAAGAACUGGACAGAAACUCGUGCCAGUGUGUCUGUAAAAACAAACUUUUCCCCAGCUCAUGUGGAGCCAACAGAGAAUUUGAUGAAAACACAUGCCAGUGUGUAUGUAAAAGAACCUGUCCUAGAAAUCAACCGCUGAAUCCUGGGAAAUGUGUCUGUGAAUGUACAGAAAACACACAGAAGUGCUUCCUAAAAGGGAAGAAAUUCCACCAUCAAACAUGCAGUUGUUACAGACGACCCUGUACAAAUCGACUGAAGCACUGUGACCCGGGACUGUCAUUUAGUGAAGAAGUAUGUCGCUGUGUCCCAUCAUAUUGGAAAAGACCACAUAUGAGCUAAGAUCAUACCAAUUUUCAGUUCAUCAUUUUACUGUCUUGAAAAACUGUUGCCCCGAUAGAACUGUUUAUGCACAGAAAGACUCUGUGGGACCACAGUAACAGAGGCCCAAGUCUGUGUUUCCUGAACCAUGUGGAGAGCUGCAGGAACGGACUGGUGCUUGUGGGAAAAGGCUUCUUCAAAGUCUGCUCUUCUACCGGUGACAGACAGCCAAGGGUUUUCUCUUGUGAUUUAAAAAGAAAAAAAAAAAGAAUGACUAUAUAAUUUAUUUCCACUAAAAAUAUUGUUCCUGCAUUCAUUUUUAUAGCAAUAACAAUUGGUAAAGCUCACUGUGAUCAGUAUUUUUAUAACAUGCAAACUAUGUUUAAAAUAAAGUGAAAAUUGUAUUAUAAAUGGUGAAGUUCUGUCCAUCGCCAUCUUACAUUAUGUUCCAGUUGUAGAAAAUGGAAUGUCGUCUUCCAAAAUUCUCUUAUCACAGAUUUUUGAGUUGUCUUGCAUUUCAUAAUGAUGAGCUCUCUGCACACUCAAAGCGGAUAUCAAGUGCACUCUGCGUUAAGUUACAUUCUGGAUACACUGGAAAAAGCCUACUUUUUUAACUUUGAUGGAAAAAGAAAGUGAGAGAAAAAAAAUCAUUUGACAACAUCAGGAUGUUUAAACUGAGUUCAUCAUUGUUUAAAGAGGAAAAUCAUGGUCAACCUCUUUGAAUCCAACAGCAUAGCAUGAUCCAUGUUCAUCCAGUGUUCUCCGUCUUUGAAACUCAUCCAAAAUUCAAAUCAUCUUUCGACUCAUUGGUUCCAACAAUGAAGCAAAACAUGUUAUAUAUCAGUUACUAUCCAUGUGAUAAUUUUUUUUAUUUCGUACAUUUGGAACAUAAUAAUUAUUUUAGCAAAUAGUAUUUUAGCUUCAUUUGGUAAGCUUUCUGAAGUUUUGUAAAGAAGGUUUGAACCCAAUACAAGGGCUGUUAUGAAUUAGCUUGAAUAUCAAUCUAAGUCUUGUGUUUCUUAAAAUUUAUUGGCAAAACAAAACAAUAAAAGAAUCACUAAAGUAAA